AUGGCGAACCCAUGCGAGUGCCCACCGGUCGCUUCACGAGGUUUAUUUAAGUACUUAACGUACCUGAUACCGAUCAGGCAGUGUUCGCAGCACAGGGGGCCUGGCAUUGUUUACAGGGGCAUUGUCAAACUUCGGGAAGGGGCCAGCGUUGUCAACUACUACAUAAGUUCGGUUCCUGUGGGCUCAGUUGCCAGUUACCUCAGCACCGUCGACUUCGGCAGCAGCAUCCUCAACUGUAUCAUUGCAAAAUGUAGUUUUUUUCUCAAUGUCAUCAAACCUCCUCUGGAAAAGUUGGUUACCUACAUCGGUAACUACUAUAGUACUGAACAUGAAAUACCUGAAGAUGAAACUGCCUCGGUGGGAGAGUCAACAGGAAAAGUAUCAAAAAGCCAUUCCAAACAGUCCGAAGCUGAUAUAAUAUCUGCCAAAUCAGUAGGUUCUGCCAAAACAGUAAGUACGACCAAGUCAGGUGGUUCAGUCAAGUCAACAGACUCAGAAAAGUCUAAAGUUUCAAAAAAAUCUGCAGGUUCAGAAAAGUCUACAGUUUCAGAUACGUCUGCUGGUUUAGAAAAGUUUACAAUUUCUGAGAAGUCUAUUGGUAUAGAAAAACCUAUAUUUUUAGAAAAGACUACAGACUCAGUAAAGUCAAAAGGUUCUGCUACGUCUAGCGAUAUCAAAUCUGGCCAAGUUAAGCUGGUGCCGAAUAUUGCAAAACAGCCUACAGUGGAACCUCCCAGAAUAACACCAGAAGUUGAUACAAAAUGGUCCCAGUUGAAAUCUAGAAUACGGCGAUCUCUGGAAAAUAUUUUAAGAGCGAUCCAAUAUGUUUUGAACGUGAUUUUAAGUGCGCUUCAAUAUGUUUUCAACUUAAUUUUAAAACCGUUUGAGGUUACUUUCACCGGAAUGGUGAAUAUUUUGAAAGGAACCAAAGACAAAUUCGUUAGUGCGGGUACCUGUACCUACGAUUACCUGGCCAACUGCCCCCUUUGGAUUUACAUUUACAUCCUGUUCGUCUGUUUAACUGUUGGAUACAUCAUCUACCAGACCUAUAUAACCUACAAGGGUCGACUGUGGUCGCAAGCUACCAAAAUCCCGACCAGGGUAAUGUACACCAAUAUCACAUUUACUACUUUUCAAAGAUAG